AUGAGCGCAGCCCAAAGAGACUUUCUUUCCGUCUUGCCAGCACAAGCCCCUGUGGCAGUGCUUGUCAACAUUUACUUUGAGAAGAUCCAUUGGUUCAUGAUGAUAUUCUUCACAAGCGAGUUUCGAGCCCGAGUUCAAGAGCUUCAUAUUGCUGCACCACCGGGAUCUCCACCAAGAAAAGCGAAUCCCGGUAUACUUGGUCUCGUGCUUGCUGUCUGCUUAACUAGCCUCCGCUACGCCAGCCCCGAGCAGCACUCUCAACUCGUUGCGCUUGGCGUUGAUCCAGAUUCAUUGCAAGAAAACAUAUUGGCGACGUUGAAGGUGAGAUUCCUCGACGUUGUCUCCCUGGGAUCCAUCGAGGCUGUGCAGAUGUGCAUCUUGUUAGGAAGUUUCUAUCUGUACCACGGGGAACCCGAGCUUGCCUGGCCCAUUUGCGGGAGCGGUUUGCGUAUCGCCCAAGCUCUCAAACUUCAUCAAAGACACAAAGAUGAAGAUGAGCCCUCAACCGUACCCGACGUUGACAACCCGAUCCACAGGGCAGCUGAGACACGCAAAAGAUGCUGGUGGGCUAUCUAUGAGAUUGAGACCUUCUGCUCGAUGCUGUAUGGCUUUCCUCUUAGCAUCGUUGACGAGGAUUGCAACGUCGAAGUACCCGAACAAUAUCCUUUGCGAUCAAAAGAUGCGUCUUGGGAGUCCAUAAGAUGGAAGUCGACCGGAAAAGCUACUGUACUCUCAUACAAGGUGUCGAUGGCACAGCUGUCGAUUAUUGUAAAAAGGGCGCUGUCGGAGCUCUACGGGAACCGGAAGCAGCCCAACAGCAACGAGCUCGGUGCAAGACCCGAAGGUCCAUUAGUCCAGCGUCUCAUAAAUACAGUCACUAGCUUGGACCAUCAGAUCCGUCAGUGGCACGACCAUCUUCCGCAAGAGUUGGUCUUCAAAGAAGAUGAGGUUGCAAUCGCAGCUGACUGGCCCGGAGGCUCGAAUCAUUCUCUGAGGCCAGAACAUCAUCAGCACACUUUCCGCAUCCAGGGACUGGCACUCAAACUCGCAUACGAGAACGCUAGAAUACUGGUCCACAGGCCCUUACUAGCCUACAAAGCGAUGAAGAAGAUCAAUACGACCGAGGGUUCGGAUUUCCGUUCAAUCGGAGAGAAUGAUCCGCUCCAGCGCUCGGUGCGAAGUUGCCGAGACGCGGCCUUGCAGAUUGCCAACAUUGGCUGCACGCCGCACUUCAAAGAGGUGAUUGACACAUACGCGUUGUCAUUUGUCGCGCUACAUCUGUUUACUGCCGGUGUUACACUCUCCAUCAUGACGGGACUGGACCCAUUGAGCCGGGAGGCCUAUGACUCCAAAAUGGGCCUUCGAAAAUUGAUGGAGAUGCAUUCUCAACUCAAGUCCAAGUCUGUUGUCGCCGAGCAGGGACUGAACAUUCUCACGAAACUGAUGAAGCUAGUCAUGACUAAGGAGAUGGAAAGAAUGCUUCACUUGGAUAUUCCCCCACCAACAGAAACCGACCAAAAUGGAAGAGACAUCGAAACAAGGGCUAGCUUUAAUGCCAUUGAAGUCACUGGCCAGAGCCCCAACAGGAUUCCCAUAGACUCAAACAGCAACAUCAACCAGAUCACACUACAGCAAAGUCCGCCGGCGGCUGACUUAGUAGAGGAUGCCACAGCGAGCCUAAGCUUCAGCGAGGACCCAAUCAUAACACAAGCGCUCUCGGAAUUCGAGCAGAGGCGCGUCCAUUUCAUCAGGAAACCAGUCGCAAUAUCCGCCAUGAUUCACCACAAGGACGGCCUUCUGAUCUAUCAAUAUGAUGGUGAACAAGUGUGGAUCCAGCCAUGGGGUCCAGAUGCCUUCCGAGUCCGAGCUACCAAGGCUCAUGUGAUGCCCGCUGAGGCAUGGGCCUUAGAAGAAGAGCCAAAGCAGGUCAAAUCAGAGAUCUCACUCGCCGAAGACGGCUCAGCCAGCAUACAAAACGGGAAGGCAAAGGCAUUCGUGAGCAAGCGGGGGAAGAUUACCAUCUACAACGCCGACGAUGUCGUCGUCCUCGAAGAGUACGCCCGGAACCGUCGCGACCUGCUCGACGCCAAAUGCAGCGCCAUUGAGGUUGAGGCCCGCGAGUUCAAACCUCUUCGGGGCGGCGACUAUCACCUCACAAUGCGCUUGGAGAGCCAGCGACCUGACGAGAAGAUAUUUGGGAUGGGCCAGUAUCAGCAACCCUUCCUGGACCUCAAGGGCCUCGACCUCGAGCUGGCACACCGCAACUCGCAGGCCAGUGUGCCCUUCGCGUUGUCUUCUCUAGGCUACGGGAUCCUUUGGAACAAUCCCUCCAUCGGCCGCGUUGUUUUUGGAAAGAAUACGACUGCCUUUGAGGCGUACUCUACCAACAUUCUGGAUUACUGGGUCGUGGUCGGUGACACGCCCGCCGAUAUCGUGCAGCUUUACGCAAACGUGACUGGCAAAGCUCCCAUGAUGCCAGAACACGGCCUGGGCUUCUGGCAGUGUAAACUCCGGUACGAGACCCAAGAGGAGCUUCUUGAGGUCGCCCGGGAAUACCGCCGUCGGGAACUUCCCCUUGAUCUCAUCGUUAUCGACUUCUUCCAUUGGCCGUUGCAAGGCCAGUGGAAGUUUGACCCUCAAUAUUGGCCCGAUCCAGAUGCCAUGAUCCAAGAGCUCCGCGAGUUGAACGUUGAGCUCAUGGUCUCAAUCUGGCCAACAGUGGAUCAGAGAUCGUCAAACUUCCAAGAGAUGCUCGAGCAAGGAUUCCUCGUCCGCACCGAGAGAGGUGUCCGCACCAACUUUGAGUUCGAAGGUUCUACCGUGUACUACGAUCCCACCAACCCGGGGGCUCGUAAGUACGUCUGGAACAAGGCCAAGCAGAACUACUUCUCAAAGGGCAUCAAGACAUUCUGGCUUGACCAAGCCGAGCCAGAGUAUUCCGUCUACGACUUUGAAAAUUACCGCUACUUCCUCGGCCCGAACCUUUCCGUCGGCAAUAUCUAUCCCAAAGAGUACGCCCGAACGUUUUUCGACGGUCAGAAGGAGGCCGGCCAGAAGAAUAUCGUCAACUUGCUACGCUGCGCAUGGGCCGGAAGUCAAAAGUACGGCGCGCUCGUCUGGAGCGGCGAUAUCGCGUCUUCGUGGGGUAGCUUCCGUAACCAGCUGGCAGCCGGACUGAACAUGGGUAUUGCAGGAUUGCCCUGGUGGACGACCGACAUUGGAGGAUUCCACGGCGGCAACCCCGAAGACGAGGCCUUCCGUGAGCUCUUUGUGCGGUGGUUCCAAUGGGGCGCGUUCUGCCCCGUGAUGAGACUGCACGGCGACCGAGAACCGAAGCCGGGCGGCUUGGCUUCGAGCAGUGGAGCGGCCAACGAGGUCUGGUCGUAUGGCCCGGCGGUGUAUGACAUCUGCCAAAAGUAUCUCUUCAUCCGCGAAAAGUUGAGAGACUACACGCGGAGGCUGAUGGCUGAGGCCCACGAACAUGGGUCGCCCGUGAUCCGAUCGCUGUUUUACGAGUUCCCGGGAGAUGAGAGGUGCUGGCAGCUUGGGGCCGAGCAGUACAUGUAUGGCGAUGCCUAUCUUUGCUGCCCCAUUGUCAAUCCCGGCAUCACCAAGGCCAAAGUCUAUCUGCCGAAGUUGGAUGGUGGAGAGCGAUGGACAACUCUUCCUCACGAGGGCUCUGAGGAGCAAGACUUUGAGGGCGGACAGGAGAUUGAGAUCGAGUGCCCUCUAGACUGGAUGCCAGUGUUUGUUAGAAAGUCAAAGGCAGAAGUCGUUCUGCAGAAAACAGAAUUCACCGUCACAUUCGGGGCUGUCUUCCUGUUGGCCACCAUGUUUUUGGAGAGUUACAGCGGAAUAUUCAUAAAGAUGUUCUCACUCGUCAUGCGACCUCGCAUGAUGAGGUCGCAAGCGAGUCUCGGCGGCCCGUGGCAUCUUCCAGGGCAUGUCAGGCUUGCGCUUCAGGGAGAGGUCAUGGAGUAUGCCGACCCAGCACAAGUUCCACAACCUCCAGGGAUGGCCGAGAUACCAUUCCCGACUCCGAAUCACGCGUCAGAAAGGCGCGCAGUCGAAACCUCGUGGACUCUUCCGCAAGUCCCAGGAGACAACGAUCAGGCUUUCCCAGUCAACAACUGCGAAGUAGGUUAUGGGAUAAAUCCCAUAGACAACUUCAUUCAGAACGAGGAAUUUCCCGAGCAAUCUGCUGGUAUUUCGGCCAUCAACUGGCUUUCUCCUCAAUAUUAUUCAGAUUUUGAUUGGGGCAUCAUGUCUUCUGUGAACGAGAGAGAAGCCUUCUCGGCCAACCUAGACGGCGUACAAACCGUCAUGAAUGCCUAUGAGGCCGUACGACAAGGGCCCUGGCUGAACCUCCUCAACAGUCAGCCAGUCCAGACUUCGAAUGCCGCACUUCCACCAGCAUCAGCACACCAGCUCAAUCCACCAGGGAUAACGCCCAGGAGUAGACCCAACGGAAGCACGACUGGAUCCGUUGAAUCAUCAUCCACCACGGCGACUUACUAUGUUGAUGGUGCCCCAUCUAGGGCACCCUUUAAAGGUCGCCCGUCGCAAAGAAGUCUAGUAUUGGAUAAUGCAGCGAGGCCCGAUGAUGACACUCCGACUCCCAGCACAGCGGUUCCAGGCACCUCCAAAGAAGUUGAUGAUGGGACAGGGCUUGAUCUAUCUGUACAGGCCUACGAUAACCUUCUGCAACACAUCAGCGUCGAACCUUUUCUUCAAGGCCGCAGCGCGACACCGCUUCCAUCCAUAGCUCACGCUCGAGUUUAUUUCCGAUUGUACUUUCAACAUUUCCACCCCGCUUAUAACUUCCUGCAGAAACCAACCGACUUCUACCAUGAGCCGGCGAAUUGGCCUCUUCUGUUGGCCGUCUGUGCAAUUGGCUCGGUCUACUCCCGAGGCGAGACCAAUCUCGGCUUGAGAGACCUGUUUCUUCAAUUUUUGGAAAGCGCUGUGCGAUUUUACAUCUCAACGGGUGCCCUGGAUGAUGUGGCAGGAUCUUCUCAAGUGUCACUGAUAAGCCCCGGGGAAGAUUCAAUGGGUCUAGUCAUCGCUCAAAUGUCUAUCCUCUGGUUGAUAUACGACCUGCACAACGGUGUCCGCGGCGAUCGCUACGAUUUGGCAUUCCUAAUCCUCGAUGUUAUUAUAUUCCUAGAGAGAGGCCAAGAUGUAUUGCUCAAGCUGGGCGAUGCAAAAGGCCAGAUGCCCUGUCUUGAUUCUAUCUGGGACCAACCUACUGCUAAGAAACUGGGACAGCAGCAAUCUAAGCCAGUGACUAUACCUGAGGCCAUGGAAAUGCUUUACAUGGAGAAGAGGCUGCCACCGAACCUGGGUGACUUUAGCACCAUGGUGCUCACGUACGCUAUCAUCAGGCGUACCAAGGAGGCUAUCUACCACAACCAGAUCAGGCUCAAUUCAUGGACGCCGACAGCCGACGUCCAGAAGUGUGGUCCUGGCGAUACCGUCGAAGAGACUUGGCCCCCUUCGCUGCCUAUCCUAUCGAGGUGGCGGAACAGCGCCUGCGACUCUCUCGACCUCCUCCACUGGAACGCUAACGCUAUUAUCGCCAAAGCCAGUGGAUGGGAGCAUCCCGUCAUCUUACAUCUCCACCUCUCUCGCCUCGUCCUUCUCGCUCCGAUAACUCACUUACAGACACUAGCUGCUGCCGCCUCGGCGCGAGCAUCCUCCCGCAACGUCGACAAUUCCAAAGUCGAAAAGGCGAGAUCUCUCGUCGCCCAGUGGGCUCUGCGUGAUCAGUACAAAGCCAGACUAUCGGUCGUUCAUGCCGGGGCAAUGCUUUGGCACAUCCGUCGUUAUAGUGUGGGCAACUUUCUCGAGCCCUUUGGCAUAUUCGCUGCAACAUUGGUGGUUUGGGCGUACAGUACAAUGAUGCUGUUCAUGAGGCGGCACCAGAACCCGAGGUCUCACUUGGCCAGUGACGGCCCUGGCCAGCAAGAUAGCCCGAUGGAGGCAGUGGCGGAAGUUGAAGAGGACCCGGAGCCCAGCUUCCUCCACCUCGACCGGCCAUGUGACGACGAGAUGGUGCAGACUUAUGUGAGGCUAGGCCAUAAGAUGGCGGGCCACAUGGCCAAGGUAGGUGAUAUCUGCAAUGAUGGGGCCCCUCGGAAGAUUCUCAAAGAAGGGAUGCAGAUGCUCAAGGGGAGACCGGAGCUGAACGGAGACGCAGCAAGCAGCGUCGGGAGCGGAGGUACAAGCGAGAAUGGCAGGGGAUACUCGGUCUGGGGAGUGGAACGAACAUACGCCGAUCUCCUGGACUCGCUUGUUCAGUCCACCUCGGACUAG